UACCACUAGAUAACACUGCCAUCGGACUCUCCUCUGGGGUCUAAUGAAUGAAUGCAUUUAAGGAAUUUUGCAUUGAAUGCUGCAAUCAAACGGGUCGGAUAAAUCGAGAUAUUUAUACUGUGGUCAUUAAAACAGGUUUGAAAUAGCUAGGUAUAUCUUUGCAUAUGUUUUCUAUACUCUAAGGGCGCAAGAUUUUUUUUUCUAAAAAAAAAAUGACGACAGCAAGGCAUCGGAAGGGGAAAAAUCAUAUCAAACGCGACGAGAACUCUUUUAUACACGAAGCAUUGGAAUCAGAACCCCGGAAUGGAAACCUCUAUGUCUUGUUGUUCAUAUUAUUCCUCAUGCUCAUAGUCGGAGGUGCCGUCGUCGUCUGGUUCUGUCACCAGCAACAGCAAACCAUUACCCAGUUAACAGAAAACCUCACGAGCAUGCAGAUGAAAGUUGUAAAGUUCCAGACGUUCCAAGAAGAAAUGAGAACGAAUAAAGACAAGCUGCCCAUUCCAGAGGGCUUUGAAGAACGGUUGUAUGCCCUGGAAGGAGCAUAUGCACAGGCGCAGAAGCAGGUGGAGAAGGCUGUGGCCAUCACCGAGCAGAUGAAGACCUCAGACCUCCGUGUUCAGGUGCUGUCACUCGACACUGAGAUGAAGGUCAGAAUUUCAGAGCUGGAACAGACCACAGUCUCGACGGAAGAGCUUGAACAUUUGCAGGAAGUCAUAAAGAGCAAAAGCGAAGAAUUUCAAGGUGUGAAAGAAAGACUUGCCGAUGUUGUGAGCACAAACACGGAGCUGACUGGAAGUGUGGAGGCGCUGUCUGCGAGCUUCACCAGUGCAGAGGCUAGAGUGGCAGAGCAGGCCUCCCUGGUCGAUGAUCUGACCUCACAACUGGAGGGGCAGGUCUCGGAGCUCUUGGGUCUAAAAGAGACGAUGGCCCUUCACAAAACUCAGUUGGAGACAAAUUUUCAGGAGCUUGAGAGUAUAAGGGGACUGCUGGCGACUGAGCAGGCCAGGAGGACCCAGAAUUUGGGGGAGCAGCUGAGUGUCGUACGUCAGAGCUUAGAGGACCAGAAGCGGGACGCUCAGAGCCUUCAUUCCACGCUGAAAGCACAGCUGGAGGCCAUCCAGAGAGAGCUGGAGAAUGAAGAUGAGCACCCAGUCCUGGCAGAGGUCCAUGUGGAACAACCAGAAGAGGUGGAACAUGAAGACCAAGUGGAGCUGGAUCCUCAGGAGCAGCAGGCGGAGCAAGAAAUCCUAGAAGAACCCAUGAACCAGGACGUCCAAGAGGAAGAAGUGGCCCAGGAACUCCAAGAAGAAGUGUUACAAGAAGCCCACGAGGAGAAAGUGGAGUCUGAAGUUCAGGAAGACCAAGCAGAAAUGGUCCAAGGAGAGGAGGUGGAACAGGAAGUCCAGGAGGAGCAAAUUGCACUGGAAGUUGCAGAUAAUGAAGUGGUGGAAGAAAUCAAUAUGUUAGGAGAAGCUGAUUUUGAACAGCAUGAGGGAAAGGAAGAUAUAUAUGUGGACCAUAGCGUGGAAGAGAAGCUGGAACAGGACGAAGGAAUCAUCACAUCUGAACAAGAAUAGCGAGAUUGGAGCAGAGAGGAUGCAGUUUGCUACAGCCUCACUCUCAAAGGAACAAAUAAACUAGUAUAGUCUCAGGCAAGACAAAAAGGGACGCAUUGCCACAAUCGAGGUACCUUUUUAAAAAUGCAGCAUCAGUAACAGAAAAUCACACUGUUGUACAGUGGAACCAUUACCUCAACAAUAAUGUUUGUAUAUCAAGGCACACCAAUAAUGCAACAAGAAAUUUGGAUUUUUUGGGACAAUGUCAAUGUUAAAAGCCUUAAUCCUUUUCUAAUAAACCUCUGGCAUUCUUUUAUAUGUAUACGUAUUUUUGUACUCCAUAAAUCUGCAAUAGAACAUCUACCAGUUUUUGUAUGCUCAGACAGUACAGAAGACAGUACCAGCCAACACAGGGUCACAGGGCUUGUAUUCAUUGGUGAGCAGUGAACGCAAUCUAAUAACUGACAAAGUACAGAAGGGGCAAGUUUAAUAAACUUGAAGACUACUUUUCUUUCUAAAUUUGUCUUAUAUGAAUAUCAUUUUUACA